AUGGUUACGGCCACAGACAGUGGGAAUCGCGUUGUUAGACAUCAGAUAAAACGUCAGGCCAUGGCAUGGAAGGAAUGGCCAUCAAAACUUUGGAAACAAGGAGUGAACUACUAUUUCGACUCAACCAAAUAUUCAGACCAGUUCUUGUAUGACGAUGUUAGCGAUGCAUUUAGAAAAGGAGCAAAAUUAUGGGAAAGUAAUACCUGUAUCAAUUUCACGGAAAAUCCUACGGCUAAAGACCGAAUAAAGGUGUAUCCGGGACAAGGAUGUCAUUCCUCUGUCGGCAGAGACGGCGGCGAGCAGUUGAUGUCGAUGGGAUAUGGUUGCACAUAUACAUACAUUACAGCUCACGAAAUCGGUCACGCCCUUGGAUUCGUUCAUACCCUUGCGCGUCAUGACCGUGACGACUUUAUCAAGAUCAACAAGGAAGCUAUUUCGAAUAAUAUGGAAGGCGAUUUCUAUAAAUUGGGACCAGACGCAAAUGAGAACUUUGGGUUGCCGUAUGACUAUGGUGACAUUAUGCAUUAUCCCGCAGACUAG